GCGGUUGCUUUGAGAAAGAAAAACUCGAUUCCAACUCCAGGAAGUCUUCUUCACUACUCCCCGUCCCAUCGAUUAUCUGUGGCGGCCAUGCGGGUAGCCGCCAGGGUGGUCGUCCUCGCCCGAGACGCCGCGGGCUACGGCGCAGCCCUCGCUGACGCGCUCCGGCCGUCACCGGGGCUCACGAGGGGUUCCUCACCCUUCGAGCUCCCUCUUGAUAAGUACGGCCUCAACGGCGAGAAGGCCUCCGGCGAGCUCGUCAGCUUCUCUGACUCUAGUGGCUCUCCUCAGGUGUCCUUUUUUGUUCUGCCUGACUAUAGGCCUCCUGUUGCUGCAUGUGCUAUGAAUGAGAUUUUAGCAUUGAUUUCUUCUGAAGCUCCCUCCAUCCAGCCAGUUCUGAUUGUACCAUUCAUCACAAGACCAUCAAGUGCAACAAAAACUGGGCAGUUAACUACACUUCAUGCUGCUGAAAUAGGGGCAUCAAAUGAGUUUACACACUUGUUUGUUGACGGAACUACUAAAACUCCUCCAUCUUUGCAAAUACGUAGUGAACCAAUACAAUGUUUGCUGGAAAUGGUGCGGGUAUUGAAGAUACCCACAGUUCUUCUUGUCACGUCAGGUGGGCAGCACCAAGGCAAAAGCUCUUCAGGCUCUGACCUUGAGGUGCUGCAGUGCGUGGGAGAUCACGUAGCCAAGCACAUCAACUUGGAGUUCUCCAAAGAAAUUGUCAUUGAGACGGGGGUUGAGAAAUCAGCGAGCAUUCAAGAACCCUGGCGUGAACUGUAUAUGUGACGGUUCUAAAACCUAUCGUCUUUGUGCCCUUAUAAAUAGACAUCUUAAGAUUUUAGAUUUGGAUGUCUUCUUUUAAUCUUUUUUUGGCGGCUGGAACUUAUUCUGUUUGCCGUGCACUAGUGAUGAAUUAUGUGAUUUGUGCAAGGUUAUUUCUUUUUGAAGUAAACAUGAACUUUAUUCAUUAGAAACAACCAAGACAUUGUUUAUGAGUAA